AUGUUAUUAAUCAAAAACUAUUGUAACUUUGUUCUACUAAAGGAACGGCCAUCAAAAUGUCCGCUAUGGAGAGUAUCCUUUUCAACGAGCGAUUGUGUUUUUGUGAUUGUUGCCCCACCGCACAAAAUCAACUUUUCCUUAACACAAGCCCCCCAUCCCGCAGAACAUUUGUUUAAUCUUAAAUUUGCAGUCAAAGAGCUCGAACGGAACGCCAAAAAAUGCGAAAAGGAAGAGAAGGCCGAAAUACUGAAGACAAAGAAAGCCAUCCAGAAGGGUAACACGGAGGUGGCGCGGAUCCAUGCCGAAAAUGCAAUCCGACAGAAGAGCCAAUCGCUGAACUAUCUGCGUAUGAGUGCGCGAGUCGAUGCGGUGGCCAGCAGGGUACAGACCGCUCUUACGACACGCAACGUUACCAACUCGAUGGCCGGCGUCGUGAAGGCAAUGGAUGCGGCUAUGAAGGGCAUGAAUCUGGAGAAAAUAUCCGGACUGAUGGAUAAGUUUGAGUCACAGUUUGAGGAUCUGGAUGUGCAGAGUUCGUACAUGGAGAACACCAUGUCGCAGACGACUACGACAGCCGUACCGCAGAACGAUGUGGAAUCGCUAAUGCAGAGAGUUGCUGAUGAAGCUGGCCUUGAACUCAACAUGGAGCUCCCAUCGGGACCUUCGUCGGUGGCGAUCGGUGCCUCAACGCAAGCUUCCACCGAGCAGGAUGAGCUAACGGCACGCUUAGCACGUUUGCGUCAUGCCGAAUAAGAAGGAAUCUGACUGUUGUGGCAG